ACUACAUCCUCCAUGCAAUUCAUCGGGAAGAGAGGAAGCAGAUGACAACCAAGUUUAACCAGGAGUUGUAUACCAAAAUCAAGGCGAAGAAGAACGAGCCCCUCUCCAGUAUUAGUGCGUGGAGGUUGAGGGUUGUGGAGAAGGAGAAAGAGAAGGAAGUGACAAAGAAAGGCUUGUCCACUCCUACCUUGGACGAAGGGCGCUCUGCUUCUCCAGGUGUCUUCAUCGAGGAGGUUAUUCCCGCCAAGAAGCGCAAGACUGGAGAUAAGGGAAAGAAGAAAGUAGGGGCCAGCAUCUGGGUAGAUGCUGGGACGACUAUGGCUCGAGCAAACGAGGUUAUGACACCUGAGGAGCUCAAGGAGAUCUCUAACGUGCCCUCUCACGAGAUGGUGAACCGCCAUGUGCAUAAGCUCGUCCAGGUGUUGGGAGAGACAAUGCACAUCACUUCCCAGUACCUGUUGAAUGAGAAGAAAGCUGUGGUGGCCACUUUUAAGGCGGAAGCACUGAAGGCUGAAGCUUUUGGCUUGAGAAGGGAUCUGAUAAUGGCCAUGGACGUCAACAACACAUCUAAAGAAAAUAUCCAGGCUUUGACUGAGCAACUGAACACAGAGAGGUUACUAGUGAAGCAGAAGGACAAGCAAAUUGUUACAGCCAACCAAAAAAUAAAGAGUGUUAUUGCUAAGGCCAUCCAUGCCUUUCAACUUACGGACGAGUACAACGCAGUUUUGUUUGGCUGUACUCAGCCAUCUUCUACUGGUACUUGGCCAUUCUCUGAGAGGCUUGGUCUCUGA